AUGGCCGAAGAACAAAGGACCUUGCGGGAGCUUUCGUCACCAAAUGUGAAUCAACAACCGCUUUGUAUUCAACAUCCUGCAUUAGAGGUUGGUUUUGAAUUAACGUCAGGUUUGAUUCAAUUACUUCCGACUUUUCGUGGACUUGAAAAUGAAAAUCCAUAUAAGCACUUAAAGGAGUUCCACGCGGUGUGUUCGAGCUUCAAACCACAAGGAGUGACGGAGGAGAAAAUUAAAUUGCGUGCUUUCCCAUUUUCAUUAACCGAGAAAGCAAAGGAUUGGUUAUUUUACCUCCCUACUAGCACAAUAACCACAUGGGCGGAUAUGGUAAGACUAUUUCAUGAAAAGUUUUUUCCAGCUUCACGGGCAGCUAGCAUUAGAAGAGAAAUAUGUGGCAUUAAGCAAAGAGACGUAGAGAUCCUCCACGAAUACUGGGAACGCUUCAAGCAACUGUGUGCAAGUUUCCCCCAACAUGGAGUUUCUGAACAACUCCUUAUUCAAUACUUCUAUGAAGGAUUGCUGCCCAUGCAAAGAAAUAUGAUGGAUGCAGCUAGUGGAGGUGCUAUAGUGAACAAAACUCCUCGUGAAGCUAGAGAUUUGAUAUCCAUCAUGGUUGCUAAUUCACAACAAUUUGGAUGUAGACAAGACACAUCUCCAAGAAGAGUGGAUGAGGUAAAUAUUUCUUCCCUUGACAAUAAAUUAUCUCAAUUAACUACUCUUGUUCAACAGUUAGUUGUAAGAAAUGUACAACAAGUAAAAGCUUGUGGAAUUUGUGCUGUUACUGGCCAUCCAACUGACAUGUGCCCAACGCUUCAAUACAACUCUUGUGAUGAUGUAAAUGCAGUUGGAGGAUUUCCGGGACAACCCCAAAGGAAUUAUGAUCCCUACUCAAAUACAUACAACCCAGGAUGGAGGGAUCAUCCUAAUUUUAGUUAUAAAGCACGCCUACAAUUUCAACAACCUUCAUCUUCACAACAGUCAUCUUCUAAUUCAGGUAUGUCAUUAGAAGAUAUUGUUAAAUCACUUGCUACUAACACACAACAAUUUCAGCAAGAAACAAGGACAAGUAUUCAACACUUAGAAAGUCAAAUGAGCCAGCUAGCAUCUACCGUGAGUAGAUUGGAGUCUCGAGGUAAAUUGCCAUCACAAACUGUUGUGAACCCAAAGGAAAAUGUAAGUGCAAUUAUAUUGAGAAGUGGAAAAGAGUUGCUAGAACCUACUCAUGUGGGAAAACCACCAAAUCGAGAUGAGGAAACGGAAAAAUAA